AUGCAGGUUUUGGUGGACCACUGCUUGGGCCUUCCAGAAGAUGCCAUCGUCUCCGUUCGCUGUGGCGGGAUGCGCCGGCAGGCUCCGCUUGAGACGCUCGUCACGCAGCCACUGAAGUUUCCUGCAACGCUGGAUGGGGUGUCGGAGCCGUUGAAGAUUGACGUGCUGCAGCCUAUUGCUACAACGCGGUUGGUUCUGCAUCCACACGAAGAGCUCUACAGUAUCGGCUUCGAGGAGUCCACCGAGAUGGUGAUUGGCCUCAGAAUGCAGUCACAGGGCAAUGGUUCGGUCCCUUCUGGCCAGGAAAGCACGGGACCUAAUUUCAAGGAUGCCGCUGCGUCAGCAAAGGAUUACCUGGAGCAGCACGGCCUCUUGAGGUAUGUGCAAUCCUUGCUUCAUGCGGUCAUCCAAGUAAGACCCCGCGAUCCCUAUGCUUACAUGAUCGAGCAGCUCAGUGCCGCUCAGAGUAAGACCCGAACACUGGAGAAGCUCGUGUCCAGGCCGAGCAGUGCUCUUCCCGAAAGGGCGAGGACGCCCGUCCCACCGCGAGAGCCUCCGCCCAGCUGUUCGCCCACAAGGCCUCGGCCUCCCACGGAGCUCCUGCACGUGGGACCCGUGGGACCGGCUCCCAAGGAGCCUCCCGAGAGCGCCCCGUUGACGGCCUCCACUCGGGCCGGGGCCGAGUCCGAAGAGGGGCACAGCCGCCCCCCGAUCCGGUUGCCGGAAGAGGCGCCGUUGCCGCCUUUGCCGCCUUUGCCCUUGCCCAGCCUGCCAACGGCUUCAGAGGAUCUGCGGCUUCUCCUGAAAAACAAGCUGGAGGAAGCUUACAAUUCUGGGAGGCUGGAAGACGUGGUGGCAAACGCUGUAGGAUCACCUCCUCAGGCCACAGCACCCGAGCCAGCUGAAGCCAAGGAGGCAGAGGUCCGAGGAGUCCAAGACUUAGAAGGAAGCUCGGGCCCGACCCGAGAACUCGAUGCCUUCUGUUGUCUGAAGGGCAACUUGAAAUCAGUCUUUUUCGAUGCCAUGGACACAGGUGCACUGCAGAACACGCUCACCGCUGUCGCGGAAAGCCAAAAGACUCUAAAGAUCAGCGAAGACCUCGACAAAGUCGCAGCCCUUAAGACGAAGCUGCGGGAACACCUGCAGGAAGCUGUCUCAUCCGGUGCUUUGGGACCGGUGCUGCAAUCUUAUGCAAAGCCACUCCCGGCCCCACAGAAGCAGCCCCAAGAGGAGAGCGUGCAGGAUUUGAGGCAGAAGAUGAGAGAGCUCCUGCAGGAGAGCCUCUCCACUGGCAGCCUGCAAGAGGCGCUGGACCAUCUCUCCCUGACGAAGCAACUCCCGGAGCCCGUUGCAACCUCGCAGAGUGCGAGUGCAAAGAAGGCAGGCGACGACAGGACGCGGAAGGCACGGGAGGAAGAGAAAGUCAGAGGCGACAUCUUCCAGCUCAAGGCUCAGAUGCUCGCGCGUGCAGAGACGGCCCUGGACUCCGGUGAGCUGGCGGGCAUUCUGCAAAGCCUCCGAAAGGACCAGCCCAGCCAAGCCAGGAACGCAGCAGACCAGGUACACGGCAAGACAGGUUCAAGUUCACAAAAGACGGAGGUGGACAAGGCCACCGAUUCCUGCAACGAUCUCUUCACGCUCAAAGUCCAGGUACUUGCGCAAACAGAGGCGGCCCUGGAUUCCGGCGAGCUGGAGGGCAUCCUGGAAAGCCUCCGGCAGCCUACCGCGAAGCAGAAGCCCAGCUCCAGCGCCCCACAAAAAGCCCAAGUGGAUCAAGAUAAGGGAAAGCUCACACAUGAUGAGGCAAAUUCAGGUGCACGGGGAAAAGGCAAGGAGACGAAGACAGAGCAGCAAGAGAAAGAGGGAAGAGACCAGGACUCCCGCAACGACCUCUUCCAGCUGAAGGCUCAGCUGCUCGCGCGGGCAGAGACGGCCGUGGAUUCCGGUGAGCUGGCGGGCAUCCUGCAAAGCCUCCGAAAUGGAGACCAAAACCAGGGCGAGCCGGGCGAGCCGGGCGAGCUGGCGGUGAUCAAGAAGAAGCUUCGAGGCCUCCUGGAGGAUGCGGCAGAGUCUGGCCGGCUUCAGGGAACCCUGCAGCAUCUGCAAUUGGGCGAAGAACCCCGAAGCGGCACUGACGUGUUGGACCUGAAGUCACUGCACGCCGAACUGACAGUGAUGAAGCAGGAAAAGGUAACAUUAAGCCAAACAGUGAAUCAGCUCACAGCUGAGAUGGACGUGCUCAAGAAAGAGAACGACGACCUUGCCAGAAUGCUGAUGCCGCCGCCGAUGAGGGUCGGCCCUCACAUGCCGCCGUGGGAAGCAGGGCCGCCGCUGGGGCCCGGUCGAUGUGGACCCGGAGACCGUGGAGAUCCGUGGCACUGGGGACCAGGAGGGAAUCCCCAUGCCAUGGGCCAGUAUCCCCCGCCCUUUCCAUGUCCUGGUCCAGAGUGGGGACAUCGGGCCCCACCCGAUGAGAUGAUGCGGGCACGGCCUAUGGGUCCACCCGGUCCACAUGAUUUCGGGCCAGGAGGCCCGCCGUGGCAUGGGCAUCCUCCGCCCAUGGGUCCGCCGGGACCAGGCUGCUCUCCUGGCUGGGCUCCUGACGGGCCGGACAGGAUGGGGCGGAUGGGGAUGGAUGCAGGCAAGGUCGACCUCCUUGGGACCGAUCUGAGAGGCUCCAAGCUGGCAGGAAAAGAGAGAGCGGUCCGGGUGGGCAAUGGCACGGGCCUUUGCAAGGGCCAGCGAUGUACCCUCCCGAUGCAGGAGAGCUACACGCGAGAAUGGAGCACCGCGGCAGAGAUGCAGCUGCGAGGAGCAUUGUGUCUGCAGGCCGAUGAUGGCCGGCCCGCCGGAUGGUCUAGGCUACCACAUGCCAUUGGGGCCCGACGGGAUGCCAAGACCGCCUGCAGGCCCAGGCUGUCCUGGUCCUUGGGACGCGCCACUGCGCCCUCUUGCUCCAGGAGAAGGUGUUUGGUCUCCCAGACAGGGUUCGAUGCCACGGGAUCCUAUGCUGAACCGGCCAGGGCCCUUGGAGAUGAGUUCGAGGUUGGGUCAGAAGCAACAAGUCGCCUCUUGGGACGGCGCCGGGGCCUUUUGGACCUCUUGGGCCUCUUGGGCUCGGGCCGCCACUCCCAGGGCCAGCUCCUUCCCAGGCACAUGGUCAGCCUCAGCUCCAACCACGCUUCGGACCUGAUGGGCAGGUGCUCCAGUCUGGGCGGCAAUGCCUGUAGUGCCCAGGCAGGGGCAGAGCUGCACACCAUGCCGCCCACGGCCCACGUGUCCAGCUCUCGUGCUGUGAGGACAGUGGAAGCUGGCGGCCUGCAGAAGCCUCAACCAGCCGCCGCCGCAGCGCGAGUGGCAGAAGUGCCAGUUGCUGGGGCUCAAGAGCAGCUACAGGAGCCAGUGGAGUCAGGAAUGCCAGAGCAAAAGGGGCCAGAGUGGGCUGGGUGCGACCAGUCACCAGCAAAAUCGACCAGCUCGUCCCGUGAAGGAGGUCCAGACGCUGCCGGCCGCGUGCUCAGACUUCUCACGUUGUCUGAGGAUCGCGGCUCGUCUUGCCUGCUGGAGGCGGAGGAGAAAGCCUCGCUUGCCCUAGGUGAGGAGAGGCGCAAAGUCGAGGAUGCAGCUGCAGAGGCUGCCCAGGCACUGCGGGCCAUAGCUGCAGAGGCUGAGGCUCGGGUCCAGGCAGAGCGUCAAGCAGCAACCGCUGAGGUCUUGGCGCAGAAGGCAUGCCACGAUGAGGCAGCAGACGCAGAGUGGGGACUUGACGAACUUUGGCAGCUUUGCAUUCGAGCAUUCAUGCAGUCCAAGGCAAUGGCUCGGAUCCAAGCCGAGCUCAGCGAACUGAAGGCGCAGGCGGCAGCUCGAGAGACUAUGGAAGCUUCGCUCACCGGAGCUGCCAUGGCCCGCAUCGAAUCGGAGCUUGCAGAGCUCAAAGCCGAACAAGCAAAGGCCACGGCUCGCAGCGUGGAAACCAUCCCGUUCCCGGUGCAAUGCGAGCACCCGGAGCAGGAGACCCCUCCUGCGGCGGCUUCAGCACCAAGCCCGGAAGCCGCAGAAGUGGCGCUCAAGGCAGUCCCUGAGAAGGCCGCAGAGACACCCAGAUCGUCUUUGGAAAAGACGGUGAUUGUAUGCGAAGAGCCUGUCGACCACAAGGGCUUGGUGGCAAAGGGGGACGUGAGCUUGGACAAGACUACAGUCGUGAACGAUGACUGCCUUCAUGAGUCUUCACAGCCGUUGGAACGUGAGGCGAUGGUCAGCCUAGAGAAAACCAUUGCUGUUGACGUGCCAUCUCCCAGCAAAGCGGCCGAAACCACAAAGGAAAAGGAGUCGCCCGAGCCAUUGCUUUUCGGGUCUGACGUGCUGCAAGCCGUCGAGAAAGCUCGAGCAGCAGUGGCGGAGCUGCAGCGGCGUGCAGGCAUCAAUCAGGACCAGGAGGCAUCAAGGAAAAAGCAGGAGAAACAGUCGCCAGCCUCAUUGACGCAUGCACCGUUUUGCCAUGAUACUGUCGGUCUGAAUGUUCUUCUAUCUCAGGACGGGUACACUGCGACCCGCAGCUGCGGCUGCCGCGAGUCAGUGGCCGUAUGCAAAGGGCCCCUAUCACAGCAGGGUGCAGGGUACUUCGAGGUGGAGGUUUGUCAAACAGUCGAUGGCUGGAUUGGAGGGCUGGGCAUCGGUGUAACACAUUCCAGUCCGAGCGACCUCAAGGAGCAGCGAUUGCCAGACAAAGCGUGGCGGGUACCGCGGUCCUUCGUUCUGGGCUAUGCAGGGAACAAGUACCUCAAUGGAAAGGAGGGCACGGUGGACUGGCAAUCGGACCAGCUGAGAGUCGGACAGCGAGUCGGCCUCCUUAUCGACGGUGGGAGCCUCUUUGUCCUUGUAGAUGGACAAGAAGUGGCUUCGGUGCCGGAAGCGGAGAUGCUUUCUGCCGGCCUUCGCCAGGAUGAACCGCUCUAUGGCAUCGUGGACAUAUACAACGCUGCCUUGUCCGUGAGGUUGCUACCAGGAGCGGUCGUGCCGCAGAAAUGUCCGUUUCAAGUUGCCCUGAUGGAUGGCGGCCAUUCCGCACCUGAAAACGUAGUUCGGUACUUCGCCGUCAUCGGUGCACACGAUGAGCGAGCAUUGCCGGAAGUGGCGGGCGAUUGCCUCCCUGUCCAAGUCCUUCAGCGAUACCCGCAGAAGGACCACAAGGAUGUCAGGUUUCCGCCUGCCCUUGCUUCCUUCUGCUUCCCACGAGGUGCCCAAGUUGCAGAGCCGCAGAAGGAGGCGCUGAAAGUGAAAACCUCGGGCCGCUGGGCGGCCCUCCACAUCUGGUGCUUUGACUCUUCUCGCAUGCACUUGGUGCAGAGGGACGGGGUCCUGGCCAAUUUCUGCACUGGCCGUGCUCAGUACGCAGCCGCUCUGGGGAGCUCUGCGCUCAGGGCCUUCCGUGCAUUCCUUUACAGUUUGCGGUACUCCGGAAAUUCUCCAGAGAGGUUCGUGGUCAGCUUCGUCUCUGAGACACCGUUGCCCCCACCGGGAUUCCAGGUGAUUGUGAGAAGCCUGGACAAGUUCCCUGGCCAGAGAUACCAGCGUUCGCACUGCAAAGACCAGAACCAGCUGCCUCUGCUUGACCUACCCGUCAGGUUGAUUUUCCAGCAGCUCAAGCCCGAAAGUGUCGUCACGAUUGUCGAGGCCUUGCUCCUCGAGCAUCGAAUCGUUCUUCAUUCCGUCUGCGACGCGCUCUGUUUUCGGCAAGAGCCAAACCUCCCAUCCGCAGCAUCUCAUGCUUGCAUCCGUGCCAUGGCAAAGGGCAAACGGCACUCGUCAAACUCUCGAUCUCGCCGUUCUCGCAGCUCGCGGAGCUCUUCCACGUAUCCACGGCGCUAUCGGUCGAAGCCUCUGAGGAAGAGCUCGAAGCAUACAAAGCGUUCGCGCAGCCCGCGCAGCCGUUCCAGGAGCCGCAGAAGCCGUGGUAAACGUCGCCCAGUGACACCACCCAGAAGGCUUCCGCCGAAGAAGGAGGACGAGGAAGCUUCAGAAUCCUCAUGCGACUCUGGUGCAUCUCGCCAGUUUGACCAGCAGCAGCCCAGGAUGGGCGUUCUGUAUUGGGGAGGUGGCCUGGAGGGACAGGGCUGGGAUUUGUCUGGCCGUCUGCCUGGUGGGUUUCCACGCAUCGAUCGCUAUUCCGAUGCUCUCGUGGACAGCUGGAAGGGUCGCAUGGAGAACGCGCAGGUGACUCUUAGAAUGUGUGCUUCUGAGGGGCCAGGUUUCAAGAGAUACAUGAAGCAUUUCAUGAUGCUAAGCUCUCAGGCAUGUGUGGAGUUUCGUUUGAGGCAGUACCACCGCUACAACACGCUUUGUCGCAGGAAGGUCCUUACGGAGCGCCAGGUCAUCGGAGGUAUCCUGGAAACCUGGCACAACGGGACCUCCAAUUCGGGCAUGCGGAUCAGCAACGGAGGGGAGCCGGAGCCAACCUUCCUCGCCUUCCUGAACCGGCGCGCGCGACGCUACCGAGCGCAGGCGCGGAGACUAGGAGGUCAUUUUGCUGCCGUCAUCUUGGAAGGUGGUCAGCAAGAGCUUAAAUUUGUCGCUGCUGCCAAGACGCUUUCUGCGGAGCGGCCUGCGAACCUGAAACGGGUGCUGUUUAUUCUCGGGGGGCCCGAUGGGAUAUCAGACAGUAUCCGGCAACAGUUGCGGACGACACUGGAGGAGCAUACGGACUUCCCGCUGUUGGGAAUCGCACUGCCUGGUGGGAUCCUGCACUCUUAUUAUGCGCUGGCCACCGUCCUCGUGUUUCAUGAUCAGGGUUUGUUGAUUCCUUAUUUGGAGUUCCAGGCUGGAAAGCCUCGGCAGGUUGUGAAAUCCAAGGCUCGUCCCGCCGCACCGGUGGAGGCUCCAUCGGCUGAGGCUCCAACCCAAGAGACUGUGGAGGGGCCGCCGAAGACCCAGCCGAAGCCAAGGGACGAAGCGGAAGACAAAGACAAGACGAAGCGUGCCGACGUUGCUCCGCAGCGGCUGUUACCCGGCCCGGUGAAUGCGCUUGCAGCCCUUGCCCCGAAGCCUCCGCGCUGCCCGCCGCCCGCUCAUCUCCUGGCACAGCGGCCGCAACUGCCAGCUGGACCCCAGAGGCCAGAGAGUCCCGUGAACGGGGGCUUGUUGCCGAAGAUCCCAGGCUUGGUUCCAGCCGACGGUCCCAGGCUUGGUGCCAGCUUUUCAGCCGCCCUGUUCCCUGGUCGACCGGUCCCACCACCUGCCCGGGUUCUCGCUCCAAAUGCCUCAGACAACCACUGGGCUGCAGAAAAAAGCGCCUGUUGCUGCUAUUAUUGCUACUUCUACUUCUACUUCUACUUCUACUUCUACUUCUACUUCUACUUCUACUUCUACUUCUACUUCUACUUCUAG